UGCGCAAAUUACAGAUUUUUUAUGCUUACGCCCCGCCUGUAUAAUGGUAGGGGAAACACUGGCAAUACUUGUGAAAGUUUGAUUAAAAUAGUCAGUUUGGCAUUAUUUCAGAAUUUUCAAUAAAACUACAACUCCCUGCGGCAUGUGAUGCUAAGCUUACAUCUCAUUGGACUAUUAGACACCACGUGACUCCAUUGGACGAAUGACGACAGACUUAACAGGAAGUGUUCGUUUCAGCCGUGCCAGCGUGAGAAAUGAAAGUCAUCUGAACACAAAAUCUUUCUAACUUACCAGAAAUGCUCUUUGCUGUGCAUUUGUGUCUUCGUGACGGUUUAAGGCUAUAGUUUUUUAUUUUGUGUCUACAGAAUCGGUUUUCGAAAGGAUGUUUCAGGCUGCAGCUAAGACGCUGUCUGUGUUUUCAGUUUAUCGAGGUGUUUUGUUUAGUUUACGGCAUUACUGUAAAAAUAUUCCUAUAAAACUAAGAGUCUCUGAAGCCCUUUCUGGAGCUGAGCUGGGAGCAAAUGUUAAAGUUCAGGGGUGGGUUCGCUCCGUUAGACCUCAGAAGAAGAAUCUUUUUCUCCAUGUAAACGAUGGGAGCUCAUUGCAGUCACUGCAGGUUGUUGGUAGAGCUGAGCUGGACGAUCCGUUGCUUACGUUUGGCAGUGCUGUUGAAGUCUCUGGUGUUCUUAAGAAAAGUACACAUCAGAAGCAGCCAUUUGAACUGGAAGCAGACCAGAUUCGUGUAGUUGGAACGUGUAACCCUAUUGAUUUUCCUUUUAAGAUUAAAGAGAGACACAGUCUUGAGUACAUUCGCCAGUUUCCUCACCUGCGGUGUCGAACAAAUGUCUUCGGCUCUCUGCUGAGGGUACGCAGUGAGGCCACGGCAGCAAUUCAUUCAUAUUUCAAGAACAACGGCUUUGUUCAGAUCCACACACCGAUCAUUACCUCCAAUGAUUGUGAAGGGGCGGGAGAGAUUUUUAGCGUUCAGUCUUCAGGCCCACAGGAUGUGGAUGAUGGGAACUUUUUCUCUGUACCGACCUUCCUGACCGUAUCAGGACAGCUUCAUUUGGAGGUGGUGUCCGGGGCAUUUUCUAGGGUCUACACAUUUGGGCAAAGUUUUCGAGCAGAUAACUCUCAAACCAGACGCCACCUGGCUGAGUUCUUCAUGGUGGAGGCAGAAAUCUCCUUCACUCAGUCCUUGGAGGAUCUCAUUAAGGUUAUAGAGGACAUGUUCAGAUCUGCCACCGAGCAUGUGUUGGCUCACUCUGCGGAAGACGUGGACUUGUUUCACCAGCGUGUGACUCCAGGGCACAGAGCCACUGUAGAUGCUAUGUUAAAGAAGAGCAUCCCUGUGAUUACCUACACUGAGGCCAUAGACAUCCUAAAGCGCAGCUCAGAGAAUUUUGACUUCCCUACAGAUUGGGGUUGUGACCUUAAGACAGAACAUGAGAAGUAUGUGGUGAAACAUUGUGGCAACCUUCCAGUCUUUGUCACCGAUUAUCCUUAUGACCUGAAGCCUUUUUACGCAAGAGACAACCAGGAGCACUCGGAGCGUACGGUGGCUGCAGUGGAUCUUCUCGUGCCGGGUGUCGGAGAGCUCUGUGGGGGCUCGCUCAGAGAGGAGAGGCUGGAUCUGCUGAGGGCUCGGCUGGAAGAUGCUGGAUUGGCAGACACCUACAGCUGGUAUCUGGACUUGAGGCGUUUUGGCUCCGUCCCUCACGGUGGAUUCGGGCUGGGAUUUGACCGAUAUCUGCAGUGCAUUCUGGGUGUUGACAACAUAAAAGAUGUGAUUCCUUUCCCAAGAUUUGUCCAGUCCUGCCUUUUAUAAAAGACAGUUAUCACCUCAUCAAUACAUCCGUGAGGAUGUUGUUGCUUUAAUAAUUGUACAAACUUAGAUUUUUCCAUGUUUUAGUUCUUUUCUGUUUGUGGCUGUUUUAAAAUUCAUGUUUUG